AUGUCUCACUCCGUCAGAUUUGUCAUGGAUGACGAUGAUACAGUAUUUAAAGGAAGAGUGCUUAAGUCUGCAACCGGACGUCAACGCCAAACAACUAUGGUGACCAAAACGCCAUUGCAAUCUGAGACGUCAUCGGUUCCAAGGUGGUCCAGCACAGCCAUGGAUUACACCAGAAAGCGACGCUUGUUACAGAAGCGAUCUGCAAAAUCUAGGCCUAAUUCCCCACAAAACUCCGGUUACACCAGCCUCAGAAGAACUUUUCAAUAUGGCGUAGUAAGACACAGGGAAUAUUACCGUGAAUACGAAGUCAAAUUCAACGGUUCCCCUUUAAUGCUUUUACCAAAUGCUAGAGUUCGGGCCCAGGUUAACCUGGAUAUGUUCGGGAGCAGUCUGAGAGAAGGCAGUGUUAUUCCAGUAGACCCAAAUACAACCCUUCAGCUAAGCACCGUGGCUGGCGUCUUCAACCCUACCCACGGGGCUUAUGGUGUUAGAAAUCCUCGGUGGGACAGGCCAAUGUCCAGCUCCGGGGUCGUAGAAAUAGAGAAUGGCCAAUUGAGAUACCAACGAAUUCUUACCAGCAGGCCGUCUUCGGUCGGCGAUGAUUCUUUGCCGUCAUCACAGUCGCCAGAGGUGGAAUCGAACUCUGAACGCGCGCUUUCAGACCAUUUGGUAGCACCGGAAUACCCGGAAGACUUAGACUCAUUAUUUCCUGUGACCACUCCUAGUGCCAAAGAUCGUCUUCCUGCAUAUCUAGACAAUUACGCCAAAGAAGCAGAAGUGAAGUUGUUCGGGAGGAGACGAAAUACCAUAGCUAACAUCCCAUCGAGCAGUCUACCCAACCCAGGGCAGGAGAAAAGAAUCAGUAUCGAUUUGCCGCCUGUCAAUCACCUCAAUGGCAUCGCCAAUUAUCUUGAUUGGAUAUUUACUACAUUUGGAGACAGAAAGGAAUUACAACAUUUACCCAGAAACAACUAUGUGGUGCGCGGCUCAAAUCCAUAUUUCACCAAUUUCGUCUACAAAGUUCCCUUGCACGAGCGGGUUGAUGGCGGCGAGGGUCAAGAUGAUGAGGAGCAGGUGCGGCAACACCCACCCCAAAAGAGCCCCCUCCAGCCAGGCCGGCAGAACAGUUACAGGGUUCGCCGACGUCAUAGUGUUCCAGUUAACCUCAAGGCAAAGGCCGGCUGUAGCGGGGCGGAAGGUCGGCCGGGGUCCCCUUCGUCUUCCGUCACUCGCACGGACCUGGACGAAGACGAGAUGGAUAUGACCGUGGAGUUCAAGAAUCUCAUAGGUGAAACAUGGCUCCAACAUUUGUAUCACACCAACUAAACAACAAAAAUGCCAUCUAUAAUUUCAUACAAAUUUAUUUACGCCAUACACGUACGUGUUAGCCCCGCAUUUGAUAAGUUAUUUGACUUUAUGAGUGAGUAAAUUCAAAUAAGGGGAGGUAGCUAUGCUUACUUUUUAUAUUUUAUCAUUUCUUAUUUUAGGUAUAACACACACUGUAAACAGAUUGGAAUAGCUUUCAAUCCUCUUGUGUACAGUCGUGUGGAUUGGAGAAGUCAAUAAUUUUAAUUCACGAUUAGUGCGCCUUAACUGGGCAUUGAAGGGAAGUAACUCGA